AUGGCUACUCAAGACUCUCAGUCAUUCCACUGGCGUUACGACGAGCUCGACGAUAAGAACUUCCAAAUUAGAGGCCGGACACUCUUCUUCAUCAUCGUACUCUUCUCCGUCAUCUUCUUGAUAACACUUCUCUUCCUAUACGCCCGCUGGAUCUGUCGGUCCUCCUCCUCUUCCGCCGCCGUCUCUGACACCACCACCUUGUCUCCCCACGUCCGGCCCUGUUCACGGCCUCAAGGCCUGGAUUCCGCUGUGAUCGAUAGUCUACCGAUCACUCUGCACCAUCGGCCUUCAACGUCGUCGGCGUCUUCCGGUGAGUCGGAGUGUUGUAUUUGCAUCGGAGAAUUUGAAGAAGGGGAGAAAGUGAAGGUGUUGCCGAAUUGCUGCCAUACUUAUCACUGCGAGUGUGUAGACAAAUGGCUCACCAUUCAUUCCAGCUGUCCUAUUUGCAGAGCUUCACUCGUAGUCGACUCACCCGUUUGA